UGGAUAUUGCACUGGACACUGGUUCACUCAGGCGUCGGCUGCUAUGAAGGACACUACUACUGCUAUGUAAAGGCAAGUAAUGGCCAGUGGUAUGAGAUGAACGAUUCAUCGUGACUCCCACUGAUAUUCGUUCUGUGCUGGACCAACAAGCAUACCUGCUGUUCUACAUCAAGCAAGGGACAACACAUCUGAAAAAUGGAGAUUUCAACCACAAGGGUUUUACUCCAAGCCACUCAUCUCCCCGGCCAGUUGUAAGACAGAAGCUAAAUGGGCAUUCUUGUACCUCCUCACCUAUAAUUGGCCCACAGCUCCCUCACAUGCUAAAGAAUAAUUCAUAUGUGAAUGGCAACGGCUCCUCGAAGGAACAUAACAAUGGCUUAGAGCCCAGCAGCAGUGGCAUUAGUGAAGGGAACACCUCCGAUUUGUCUUCCUAUUCCUCCACAACUUCAUCCUCCGAUUCUGAUCAUCCCGUCCAACCCAGGGUCAAAAUGAGCUUUAUUGUUGCCAAUGGAGAGGUGACACAGUGCAACCGGACCUUAUCGUCUGCAUCAACCUCCAGCAGUCAUUCGUCUCCAUUCACAGCUGGUCAUCAGCAUUUUCACCCUUCAUCUUCUACCUCAAAAUGCCAGCGCUCCAAGCAGGUCAAUGGCACAUCCUCAUACUGCACUGCUACUUUCCUGGUUCCUUAUGAUGAGAAAUCAUCUCAUGAGUCUGGCCUGGAGAGCAAAUUCUCGGACAGCAGCACGUUUAAGCCUCAUGGUGUUGCCAAGACAGCCAUUGAGAACGGUGGCAUGCACAGCCCUCUUUCUCAUAAUUCAAGCUCACCUUCACCCUGCAGAAAUCCAACAGACUCUCAGAGAUCCAACAGCCUCUCAGAGUCUUACACAGGUGCAAAUGGUUCAGGACACAGGCAUGUAAAUGGCCAUCACAAAGUCAACGGCUUCAAACAUUCUGACAAGACUUCAGACAGUCCUGCCUCUGCUUCUUCCAUAACUGACUCUGAUUCGCAGCGUGUGUCAAACUGUCCCAGAUCAGAGGGCCUUCUUUCCCCAUCAAUCAGUACGGAAAGGCCUAAACCACUCACCAACCCUCUUGUUCAGCGUGUCUCGAACCCAGCACCCACACUGGGCACAGACAUCCAGGCAUUGUCUAAGCCAGCAGAGGUGAUGCCUAAAACACAGUUGACCUUAACAGAGGCGUCAAGUAAAGAGAAGGCCACAAAAGAGUCUGCUGUGAGCAAUCACAAUCUCACCCAGCAGAAGAAUGAUAAACCUCCAUCACAGAGAAGUCCCAAGAUGGCAAAUAUCUGUAAACAAACAAAUGGCAAAGACAACAUGAAAAUGUGUCAGUCUGGCAAACCCAGUUCUUUGAAACGGAAAAGAUCGGCUGAGCGCCAAGAGCAUUACCGAUAUUUGACUACCAAUCAGGACAAGGAUGGAGAAAAAAAGAGCAGUCGAAACUACAAAGAGCAUUAUGGAGACAGCCAUCAGUCAGAAAAAGAGUAUUACCCACCUAGGAAACACUUCCGCAAUUCCUCCAGAGAUAAAGAGGCAGCUCAGUACUGGGACAAUCUAAUCUCUACAUUCCACCAUCUCCACCAUCCCAAGUAUAGUGUAAGAAUUGUUGUUAUAUUUGAUAUAUAUAGUUAUCUAUUCAUGAUCUUAUCUUAAGCUUUUUCUUCG